GUGGUGUCACUGCUGUGCUGCCACUCUACUCACACACCCUCUUUUCUGCUCUGUCUCUCUCUCUCCGAUCUCUUGCGUCAAUCGGGUUCCAUCAUCAAUCAUGGUCAGCAGUCGCGGCUCCGGACACAAACAGAACAAACUGACACGGGAGGAGGAACUCCUCCUGCAAGAUUUCAGCCGAGAUGUCUCCACGAAAUCCUCCGCUCUGUUCUACGGAAAUGCCAUGAUUAUCUCGACCAUCCCAAUCUGGUUGUUCUGGAGGAUUCACCAAAUGGAUGUCUUGGAAUCUGCUCUCCUCUUCAUCGUCGGAACUUUGCUGAGUACCUACCUAAUGGCAUAUGCCUACAAAAACGUCAAAUUUGUACUUAAGCACAAAGUUGCCCAGAAGAGGGAGUCUGCCGUCAAUAAUGAAAUGAUGAAGAAGUUGGGUGAAGACAAGAAGAUGAGCAAGAAGGAAAAAGAUGAGAGAAUAUUAUGGAAAAAGAACGAAGUAGCCGACUAUGAAGCGACCACUUUCUCCAUCUUCUACAACAACGCCCUCUACCUGGCUCUCCUCAUCGUUAUCUCAUUCCUUAUAAUGAAAAGUCUCAACUCCACUUUCAAUUAUCUCUUUUCAGUGAUUGCUUCAGCAGGACUUUUGGCUCUCUCAUCCACCAGUACCAAAUAAUUAUAUUUCUUUUUUUUUAAAAAAAAAUUAAUGAAAUAAAAAAAAUUAAUAAACAU